CUCUCACGAUGACGAAGUUUUCUUGGUGCUUCCCUCGCUAGCACAGAGAGUGGAGGAGCAUCAGCCCCGCACGGGGACGUUACCAGAUUAAACCCAGCGGCACAAUAGGCAGGGCAAAAAUCCCACACCUUCCCAUCGCUGCCGCCGACCGGGUCCCCGCAGCUGGGCUGGGAUCGCCUGUCCUGUGCUGAAUGCAUUACGUAAGGCAGGGAUCGUUUGUCAGCCGCGAUGGUACAAACAUAGCUGCGGGCAGAUUAUGCACAGAGAGGGAGAGAGGAGGGAGAGGGAGGAAGGUCUCUCCAGGAACGGUGCUCCACGCGACUGAGGAUUGCAAGUUGGCAGCUCGGCAGCUGGCUGAGCUCCCGUGAAAGGUGUCGCUGGCGGUCCCUGACAUGCUCUUGUUCGUGUGGGAUGCUUGAGACAGGAACGAGAUACUAAGUUGGGGACAAGGAUUGGCAUGAGGAUUGGAUCAAAAUGGAAGGGCUUCUGUCUCCGAUGAGAACGAAGAUGACGGAGGGUCGCAGAUGCCAAGUGCACCUCCUUGACGACAGGAAGCUGGAGCUCCUCGUUCAGCCAAAACUUUUGGCCAAGGAGUUGCUUGACUUGGUGGCAUCUCAUUUCAACCUGAAGGAGAAGGAGUACUUUGGAAUUGCAUUCACAGAUGAAACGGGACACUUGAACUGGCUUCAGCUGGACCGACGGGUGCUGGAACAUGACUUCCCCAAAAAGUCAGGACCGGUUGUUUUGUACUUUUGUGUCAGGUUCUACAUUGAAAGCAUCUCCUAUCUGAAGGACAAUGCCACCAUCGAGCUGUUUUUCUUGAACGCCAAGUCCUGCAUCUACAAGGAACUCAUUGAGGUUGACAGUGAGGUGGUGUUUGAACUGGCUGCGUACAUCUUGCAGGAGGCAAAGGGAGAUUUUUCAAGCAAUGAAGUUGUAAGGAAUGAAUUAAAGAAGCUGCCAGCCCUUCCGACGCCGGCGCUGAAGGAGCAUCCUUCCCUCGCUUACUGUGAGGAUCGAGUCAUUGAACAUUACAAGAAACUAAAUGGUCAGACAAGAGGUCAAGCAAUUGUGAAUUACAUGAGCAUUGUAGAAUCCCUCCCAACAUAUGGAGUGCAUUAUUAUGCAGUAAAGGACAAGCAGGGAAUUCCAUGGUGGUUAGGACUUAGCUACAAGGGGAUUUUUCAAUAUGACUACCAUGACAAAGUGAAACCAAGAAAGAUCUUUCAAUGGAGGCAGCUGGAGAACCUCUAUUUCCGCGAGAAGAAGUUCUCGGUGGAGGUGCACGAUCCGCGCAGGGCAUCUGUGACCAGGAGGACUUUUGGGCAUAGUGGCAUCGCUGUGCACACGUGGUACGCCUGUCCGGCACUAAUAAAGUCUAUCUGGGCUAUGGCCAUUAGUCAACACCAGUUCUACCUGGACAGGAAGCAAAGCAAGUCCAAGAUUCAUGCUGCAAGAAGCCUGAGUGAGAUUGCGAUUGACCUGACCGAAACUGGAACGCUCAAGACCUCGAAGCUGGCCAACAUGGGGAGUAAAGGCAAAAUUAUCAGCGGCAGCAGCGGGAGUCUUCUGUCAUCAGGUUCCCAAGAGUCAGAUAGUUCUCAAUCUGCCAAGAAAGACAUGCUGGCUGCACUGAAAUCCAGGCAAGAAGCUUUGGAAGAGACACUGCGCCAACGCUUGGAAGAGCUAAAGAAACUGUGCCUGCGUGAAGCGGAGCUCACAGGAAAGCUGCCACGAGAAUACCCCUUGGAUCCUGGGGAGGAGCCACCUAUUGUGAGGAGAAGAAUAGGAACUGCCUUUAAAUUGGAUGAGCAGAAAAUCCUGCCUAAAGGAGAGGAGGCAGAGCUGGAGCGACUGGAAAGGGAAUUUGCCAUUCAGUCCCAGAUCACGGAGGCUGCCCGGCGCCUGGCGAGCGACCCAAACGUCAGCAAGAAGCUGAAGAAGCAGAGGAAGACAUCCUAUCUGAAUGCACUGAAGAAGCUGCAGGAGAUCGAGAAUGCCAUCAACGAGUAUCGCAUCAAAUCAGGAAAGAAGCCAACCCAGAGGGCCUCUCUGAUCAUAGAUGAAGGAAACAUUGCCAGUGAAGACAGCUCCCUCUCAGACGCCCUUGUUCUCGAGGAUGAGGAUUCUCAGGUCACCAGCACAAUCUCCCCUCUCCAGUCCCCACACAAAGGACUCCCUCCCCGGCCGCCGUUGCACAACCGGCCUCCUCCUCCGCAGUCGCUGGAAGGGCUCCGCCAGAUGCAUUAUCACCGCAACGACUAUGACAAGUCCCCCAUCAAACCCAAGAUGUGGAGUGAGUCAUCCUUGGAUGAGCCCUAUGAGAAGGUCAAGAAACGCUCCUCGCACAGCCAUUCCAGCAGUCACAAGCGGUUCCCCAGCACUGGGAGCUGUGCCGAGGCAGGAGGGAGCAGCUCUCUGCAGAACAGCCCCAUCCGGAGCCUUCCCCACUGGAAUUCCCAGUCCAGCAUGCCGUCAACGCCGGAUCUACGGGUACGCAGUCCGCACUAUGUCCACUCCACACGGUCAGUAGACAUCAGCCCAACCAGACUGCACAGCUUAGCUCAGCACUUUAGGCACCGGAGCUCCAGUUUGGAGUCACAAGGAAAGCUCCUCGGCUCAGAAAAUGAGACAGGGAGCCCCGAUUUCUACACCCCAAGGACUCGUAGCAGUAACGGCUCUGACCCCAUGGACGACUGCUCUUCCUGCACCAGCCAUUCCAGCUCUGAGCACUACUACCCUGCUCAGAUGAACCCCAACUACUCCACCCUGGCAGAGGAUUCCCCAUCGAAAGCCAGAGAACGGCAGAGGCAAAGGCACAAAUCAGCAGGCAACCUGGUCUCUUCCAAUUCAGGGAGCAUGCCCAACCUGGCUGCGAGGAACGGGACGGGACACCACCGUGUCUACCUGCACAGCCAGAGCCAGCCCUCCUCCCAGUACAGGAUCAAAGAAUACCCCCUGUACAUCGAGGGCAGCUCCACGCCCGUGGUGGUGCGGAGCCUGGAGAACGACCAGGAGGGGCAUUACAGCGUGAAAGCACAAUUCAAAACCUCCAACUCCUACACGGCGGGGGGGAUGUUUAAGGAGAACUGGCACGGAGAUGAAGUGGACUCGGUCAGGCUCACCCCCUCCCGCUCCCAAAUCAUAAGGACUCCAUCUCUGGGCAGGGAGGGCCACGAGAAAGGCUCGGGUAGGACUGCGGUGUCGGACGAGCUGCGGCUCUGGUACCAGCGGUCCACGGCCUCCCACAAGGAGCACAGCCGCCUCUCGCACACGAGCUCCACCUCCUCGGACAGCAGCUCCCAGUACAGCACAUCUUCACAAAGCACCUUUGUGGCGCACAGCAGGGUCACGAGAAUGCCUCAGAUGUGUAAAGCAACAUCAGCUGCCUUACCUCACAGCCAGAGGAGUUCCACGCCGUCGAGUGAACUUGCAGCCACGCCGCCGGGCAGUCCCCACCACAUUCUCACGUGGCAGACUGGGAACUACAAUGAUAGCUGUUUCCUGGAUUCUCCCCUCUAUCCAGAAUUAGCAGAUGUCCAGUGGUAUGGGCAGGAAAAAGCCAAGCCUGGGACUCUAGUGUGAACCCCUGACCUCAAGUUAAUCACAUCAAUGCCAUUCUGAGAUCACCUCACUGCCUCUCAUUUGCCUUACCCAGAUGCACUGUCACCCAGCACCAGCUUCAACUCUAAGCACUUUUCUCACGAUGCAAUUCAAGGCGACAUUUAUGGAACACUGGCCCUGAGACAUCCACCGCGGCAGCGACGGAGCACAGCACAUCCCACGGCCAGGCAGGUGCCCGUCCCCCCCACCGCAGUGGGUGGAGAGGAGCAGACACCUGAACAGCCAGUUGGCAGUUUAAAAAUUGGUUUUCCUUUGAAACAAUGGAAGCCUUUCAAGGCUUACAUCAAAUCUUAGUGUUCCACGGCAGGUAACAGCAGUAAGAGUUCCAUGACCUGUGAGCUGAAGCCAACAGAAUUAGUUUUAAGGGGGUGGGGAUGGGACAGAGGCUGAGAAGUGGAUACCAUAGUCCUGAGAGUGCAUCUGUUCUGAAGAAACAGCAACAUCCCAUCACUGCAGCGAUGUGUCAGUGUCACAAUCAGAUCAGCACUGCCAAAAAUCACCACACCACCGCUUGCAGGACAAGUUUGCUCCCAAGUUUCAGCUACAAGAACAUCCCCCUCCUUUUAACUCGGUGGCAGACGCGGCCACCUCCUGUAAAAUGGCAUUUCCUUCUUCGCUUGGAGCCCACCUAUACGCGAGUAAAACAACCCCCUGCGCUGCAGACACACCAGAGGCCUGGGCUGGUAUCACAGCAUCGCUGUCUAAAAGCUACUGUUAAACUGGACAAACAUGGUUUACAAAGGCAUCACCUAAAGCAGAGGCAAUACUGCACUCACAGCAUCUCUGUGGCUGGCACAGGGUGCCCACCAACGCACAGAGAGGUUGGGGGUUGCGGCGGUUUUUUUGAUAAAAGAUAAAAAUUGCCAAAAAAAAAAAAAAAAAAAAAAAAAGCCUUUCUGCAAACAGAUACAGCCGAUAAAUUCAAAUCGAUUUCUGCACAAAGCGUCAAGGUGAAGUCAAAGGGAAAGCACAUCGCAGUCGAAUCGACACGGUAGAGCUGCGUCAACAUAUCGGUUCCACUCAUCUUCCCUUUGUUAGCACCCGUGUAGCAAAGGGCUCGUCACCCGUGUGCUGCUGUGUGGGAGAACCGGUCUGUCGGGAAACAGGAAGGCUCCGCGGCGGAGCGGGGUUGGACAACCAGCAGACAGGCAAAUCUUCCCACUGCGAGACCACAAGGAAGAGAAGCGACUGAGGGAGGCGUUGGACACGAGCGAGAGCUGCCUGCUGACACCAAAAGGAAUCGCACGAGCGCGUCAUGGAAGGAGCCGCAAGUUUACACAUACUUUUGAGCAAUGCUUUAUACAUGUCAAGCCAUGGAACUUUAAAAGGCCUCAAAGACACUUUUGUAAUGAACAAGUGCACAAUCUAGGUGGAUGUUGAAGCUGGCACGUCUAGUCUUCACUGCGGUGCUAUGCUGUUUUUAUUGCCACUCGAUGGGGGGAGGCGCCCGGCCUUCCCCCGUUUGUGCGUGCAAACGAUGAUUUCCUAUGGGAAAGGCAUUAAAAGAAACGGCUGGAGGGGGUUACUUUGUGAAAAGCAGAAACUGAAGUUAGCUUUAGUUUAAGGAAAAAGGAAAAAAAAAACAAACGUGUGAGUGUGUAUGUGUGUGUUGAGAGUGUGUGUGUGUGUGUGUGUUCCAAGAAUAACAACAGCAUCUACCAGACAAAGUAGGGCGAAACGUUUCAAAUUAAACACAGCGACUUGGGGGGCUGCCACACCUUUUGGUAUUAAAAUUGCUGGAAAACUGCAUUCCAGGCUUUAAAAGAGAAGGGUUCUACAUAAUUAGGCUUUGAAAAACAAUGGGGUUUCUAAAUAUUAAUACCUUUCUGCAACUCACACCAGAAAUGUUGGCUUCAGUUCCCUGCGGUGCUGCCUCGCAUGGCUGGUAAGGCAGGGGGGUGGCCUUGCAGAGAUGAGACGAUGACAGGCAGAAAGGCUGUUUAUUUGUCCAGGGAAAUCCAAGGCAGUCAGGAUUGGAUGAGGCAAAAGCCCAAGCUGGAUGGGGCUCUGAGCAACCUGGUCUAGUGGAAGGUGUCCCUGCCCAUGGCAGGGGGUUGGAACGAGAUGAGCUUUAAUGUCCCUUCCAACCCAAACCAUUCUAUGGUAAGGAGACCCUUUCAUGUUCAUACAUGAAGCAUAAAUGAAUUACUCCUAUGAAAAAAAAAAACCAAAAAACACUGGCCAGGGGUUUUCAAAGGUGGCCACACAAACCUUGUGCUUCUGGGCCUCCUUGAGGCAUCACCCUGGGAGUGUGACAUCCUGUGACAGUAAUUGAAGCCUUGUGUCCAAUUCUGGAACAACAGCCAGGGAUGAGAUUGCACCCUUUAUCUGCACAUGCAAAAUGCUGUUUUCACCAUCUCUUUGUGCUCUGGGGUCUUUAACAUGGGAAUUAUUUCAAGCUCCUAAUUGGAUUUUUAGCUGGAUAAGAGAUAGUACUGAUUAAUGACAUUUGCUGAUAAGAUUUGGAAGCUAAAGUGAAAGGAUUAAAUAAGGACCAAAUUAAGCAGCAGCAAGUAAUUUAGCCCAAGGAUUUUUAGGGGCUCUGAGCAACUGUCUGUUUUUUUUUUAAUUUCCCUGGUAAGUGGUUUGGGUUGGUUUUUUUUUAAUGUGUACCUUCUUUUAAUUAAAAAGAAUUCAACAACAGCGGCACUAUGAGGCCUCUGGGCACUACAGGAAGAAACAUUAAUUCCUCCAAGACCAGCUCUGCAGUUUUGCAGCAAAGGUUAAAAGGUGGCAGCCCUGAAAUUGGGGGGGGGGAGGAAAAAAAAAAUGUUUAGCCUGAAUUGCAAACAGGCUGGAGUGGAGAAAAAGCUUUCUAGAAACGGAUUGAGUUUUGCUUUGUGUUCUGCUUUUCUGGUUUGCAAUCAAGGCACACGUGAGCAGCCAGUCUGGUAGUAAAGACAGAUUAAGUAAAACAGGUUUUACUGUUUAGCUCAAUUCAAUUAAACACAAAUGUACAUAAAAUGUUAAUCAUAUGAGAUUAACAUAUUUAAGUAUAACACGGAGGGGUAUAUACAUAGCUAUUAUAGACAAGCACUUGACUACCAACUUAACCCCUCCUUUACUUUUUUUAUUUUUCAAGGCUCCAUCUGCCAUAAAGCCACAACCGCGUUCUUCGUCUCCGUUGUCUGACGCUCCCUCUGUGUGGGCAGGAGCCAGUGGACAGUCCAUGCACUGGGCUGUGCUGGAGGCAGGGUUUAUUUUUAAAUGGUAUUAUAUGCAGUCGAGUGUUGAAAAUGUUGAAACAGUCCAAUUUGUUUUCACUCUGUAUUAGUUUUAGUUUCAGGCAUAGCCAAUCCCCAUUCAGGUGCUAUCAGAUGACCAGUUACUGCUUAGUUAACUAGAUGUAAAGUUUUACAUAUAUAUUAAUGUCAAUAGUUUUAUUACAGGUUGUGUAAAAUGGACUCUCUAGUUUAAAAAAAAAAGGAAAAAAAAAAAAAGAAGAAAAAAAAAAUUAGGUCUCUCCCGAAAUUGAACUUUAGAGCAUGGAAAAUGAUUUUACUGGAUUCUGUUCAACUGUAAUCAAGGAAAAAAAAAUAUGUAUGUUGUAGAAAAAGUCGCAGAAUUAAAAAAGAUCUGCUUUUAAUUUAUUCUUUUUGUAUUAAGAAUUUGUAUAGUUACCUUUACAUUUUGCAAAACGGUGUUGUCAACACUUCCUUAUUAAAGCAUUUUCAAAAUGAAA